AUGGGACACGAUAAAAGCGAUCACGACUGUCGCAAAAAUUUCCAAGGAAGCGCGAAGGCUAUGGAAGCAAAUGCUGGCGUACAAUUAAUAAAUCAUAGCGAAAUUUUGAUUGAAAGUAAAUUGCAAGUACGAUUCAUAGUUGGCGAUGAGGAUAGCUCAAUGAUUGCAGCUGUACGCAGAGAUAAUCCUGUGAUCACUUUUCAUAAACUAGCUGACAAAAACCAUUUAUUGAAAAAUUUCAGCAGUGAACUCUAUAAUAUGCGUUCAUUGCAUAAAGAAAUGAAUAAAAAAGGAGUCAUAGCGCAUAUUAAAAAAUGCUUUGCAUACGCUGUAGCCCAAAAUAAAGGCGAUUGUGAAAGAUUACGUAAGGAACUGAAAAGAUUACCAGACCAUUUCUAUGGACGCCACGAAAACUGUGGAUUCUGGUGUAAAUAUAAAGAUAAACACACACUAACACUAACAAACAAUGAAUUGUAUGAGAAACUAGUACAAUUGCUCAAUAAAUAUGCAGCAAAUGCUGCUAAAUUUUCUGUUGCCGCUUCAAGUCAAACAAACAAAAGCUUUAACAAUGUCGUUGCCCAUAAGGCUCAUAAAAAUCAAUGCUUGAGUACGACUGCAACUUGUGAUGUUCGAGUCGGAGAUAGUGUAUGCACAUGGAAUGAUGGCGAAAAAGCCAUUCUGAAUUUUCGCACUAGAUUGGGUUUUGAAGAACAGUGUUUCAGUGCCCUGUAUGCUGAAGGCGCGGAUCGUAAACGAUUGAAAAGAAAGCUUGCGAAUUCGUCUCAUGCUAAAAAGUUACGUAAAAUUCAAUUGAAACAAAAUAGAGAAGCAUUGAGGCAAAAUCAAGAAAAGACAGAAGGUAUCACAUACCAAAGCAACUGUGGUUUCAAUUCGCAAAUCGAGAUGCCUGUUGAACGAGAAUGCGUGGUUGAUAGAAAAGUGAAACUUGUAUUCUUCGACUUGAAAACAACUGGGCUUGAUAAAGAUGCAGACAUAGUUCAAAUUGCGGCAAAAUGUGGAAAGUUUGAAUUCGAUUCUUACGUUGGCCCUACAAAAGAUAUUUCAUGA